AUGGAGCUUGAGGUCUCCCUGGAGAACGAACAGCAGUUCUGGGAUGAUGAAUACCUCACCUCGCCCUUCGAGGUGUCGCGCUGCUCGUACAACCUACUUUCCUCGCGGAUCUUCGCCUCGCACAGGGACUAUGUGCGGAGGCAGAUGAUCUAUGGCUUGCUACAGGAGGAUGAACCGGACACGCUGCAUCUGAUUGUCUCAUUCCUGCUCUUCGAUGGCCGCGAGCAUGAGGAGGUCUUCCGGAUGAUGAAUGGGGAGGGUCUGUUCCCGCGCUUGCUGGAGCUUUUGCGGACGUGCGCGAUUGCGGACGGGGAGGGCCAGGCUGCGCUGCAUCGCAUGCUGAUGGAUCUACUGUAUGAGAUGGCGCGGAUUCAGAGGAUCAAGAUUGAGGAUCUGGUUCUCGUGGACGAUGACUUUAUCAAAGGUCUUUUUGGGAUCAUCGAGGAUCUCUCCUAUGAUGCGAGUGAUCCGUACCAUUAUCCUGUGAUCCGUGUGUUGCUGGUCCUCAAUGAACAGUAUAUGAUCUCGGCGCACAGCCCUGUCGACGAGGGACCGUCCUCGGGUCCGCUGACGAACAAGGUUAUCAAGAUCUUGGCCAUGCAUGGCAAUCUCUACAAAACAUUCGGGGAGAACAUCAUUCUCCUCAUUAACAGAGAAGCGGAAACAUCGCUUCAGCUUCUCACUCUCAAACUUCUCUACCUUAUCUUCACAACCCCCAGCACUUAUGAGUAUUUCUAUACCAACGAUCUUCAUGUCCUGGUUGACAUUCUGAUUCGAAACCUUCUCGACUUGCCCGAAGAGGCAUCCGCCCUCCGACACACAUAUCUCCGUGUUCUCUACCCAUUGCUUGCUCACACGCAGUUGAAAACCCCCCCGCACUACAAGCGCGAUGAACUCAAGAGGAUGCUUAGCCUCCUUGUCCGAGGUCAGCUCUCAAUGACUGGCAGUGACGCCGAAAGAAUACUGCAUUUUGAAGAAGUCGACGAGACCACAAGGAGACUGGUCUUCCGGUGCGCAACAGUCGACUGGCUUCGAGAUCCGGAACCCGCCGAAUCUCGAAAGGAGAGCGUUGCCUCGUUCGACUCCACGACAGAUGCUGUCCAGACGGAUGCAGAGACUGUUGACUCCGAAAGCACCGUUGGCAGUUCGCCCGAGGCCCUCUCGCCCACAAAAGACGACGGAGCGGACUCUCCCAAACCCGACCCAGACAGACCAAGUGCAAUACGGCGACUCGGAAUGCAGCUGGAACCGGCCUCCUGCUCUUCCCUCAGCGUGCAGGAAGUCGCAGCCCAGCACGAGAAGCCUGGCAUUAUCACCCCCAGCCGCGCCAACAUCCAGCCCGCGGGAGACCACCCCCUACGACCAUCCAAAUCAGACUCCCAUAGAACAAACAACAAACCCAAAAUCAAACCGGUGCCGCCUAAAUCAAGACGCUGGCGCGGAAGACGCAUCGCCGAUGAGGAAGACCAUACCGACACCAUCCCCGAGAACGCGGCAACAGCCGCAUCAAGCCCGGUCAUAACCCCCGCUACCAGCAGCCCUCCCGACCGCCGAAACUCCACCUCGACGUCCGGCCUCGCGCCCCCGAAUCCCACGCACUGGCAACGCUCCGCCUCGAACCCGCCGCCCGCAGUCCCGCCACCCAGGCGGUCGACCCAUCCGGCCGUCCAGGCGCAUGCGCUGUCGGGGAGUUGUACCCCGCUCAACAACAGUCCUUUAGCGGUCCCGGUGUCUUUCAGCAGCAAGCAUGGUCAGAAGCCGGAGCCGCCGAAGACACGCCGCUGGGCGCGGUCGAAGCACGCGCAUGGCGACUCGGCGGAUAGAUCGGGGAAGGAAGGCUCGUUGCACGACGAGACCGAGACUGUGCCCGAGUCGGCGGAAUCGAAUGAUCCAACCGCGAUGGUCAGCGUGGAAGAGGCGGUGCAGAAUGUCUCGUUGCGACAUGAGGGAUGA